UAAUAGAUCACAUUUUUGUCUUUAUCGUUAGUUUUGUAAUAUUGAGGACAAAAAGCCUUUUUAAAGUCAAUUAAGUACAUUUGCUCUGUUAAAACGUUAAAAUAGUUGACCCGGCUAAACUAUUAGUUUGUAAUAUGGGCUUUUGCCUUCAAUAUUAUUAAAUUAAAACCAAUUUCAAAAAUGUGACCAUUUUUUCAAAAAGACAAAAAUGUGACUAAAAAGGUCAUAUAUUUGGAAAAACAUAAUGUCACUGCUAGAUUUUAAGUCACUGCUAGAUUUUAUGUCACUGUAAUAUAUCAUUAUCAGAUUUUUAUGUCACUUUUAUACGUCACUAUCGAUUUUUUUGUCACUUUUAAAUAUCACUAUCGAUUUCCAUAUCUUUUUCGGGUGUCAUCACCGCCGUGAAACAUGUCACUAUGAUUGCCGAAGAACUUUCCUACAACUUUUCCCGUAAAUAGUGACUUCCACGACUGACCAAUGAGCAUAUGCCACCGUAACCCGCCACCCCAGCCCGUCCACAAUGACAUCCCACCAUCACCUGGUAAACCCCAUGCCCCAUCCAGCACAGUGCCCGGCGCCCCUGGGGCCGUCGCCAUCGCCGGCGUUGCCCCCACCCUCCUCAACCCCCCUCCCUACCACAACCCCCCAGCACCCUUCCCAGUGGCCAACGACCUCUUCAGCCUUGCUCCCCAACCACCGCACCACCACCUACAACCCUAACCUCCAGAUUUACCUGCGUCGCCGCUCCCCUGCCACCUUGCCACCACAAUCGCCAAACCAGACCUCGAAUUAAGACCCCAGGUCGCCUAGAGCCUCGAGCACCACCCCCGUCUGCAACCCUACCCCCGAUCCACGCCAUCACCAAACCAGAAGCUCAGUUUUGUCCAGUCCAUGUCAGAGAUAAAUUCGAAAUCAACCCUUGAUAUACAGCACCGACGACGAAUCAAUAACACUACCGCCCCUAGCACCACCUUCGAAGCUCGAAUUUGCUCCUUAGCAUUCUGAAUCGACUGCCUAUGUUCCCUAUGUCGUCACAGAGAAAGAGAAGAAAAAGAAGGUGACGGAGUGCAGGAAGAUGGUGCAUCUGCGAAGACGACGAUGUUGCUGCUGCGAAGGCUAUGGUGUUGCUGCUGUGAAGGCUAUGGCGUUGUUGUUGCGAAGGCUAUGGUGCAUCAGAAGCUAUCGAAGAUAUAGAUCUGGCUUGCUUCUCUUGGAUGUUGCGUAGUUACUGCGGAUAAGUCGAGGAGAUCAGUUUUAUGUCCAGGUCAAUUUUAGUUAUAUAAUUGUCCGGUAAAAGAUUGGUAGUAAUAUUUGUGCCAUUUAUUCUUGUAAUAUAUCGUUGUAUUUCAAGUAAUCAAGUAACUAAUCUAUAAACUCUAAUUUCAUCUAGUUCACUCAUUUUCACAUUUGCUCUUCAUUUUACAUUUCUCACAUAUGCUCUCUCUUCUCUCUAUCUUCAUCUUAUAUUUCUCUCAUCUGCGAAGAGAAGGGAGAGCAGUCGAGAAAAAUAUAAGAUAAGAGCGUAAGUGAAAACGAGUAGACUGGAGGAAAAUCGAGGUUAUAGAUUAAUUUUUUGAUAACUCGGAAUGCAAUUUGAUCUGCUAUUUUAACAUUUUGACUAUAAAAAUACAGGUUCAUCAUCACUACUUACUCUUAUCCAAACCAUUCGUGUACCGACCAUUUUCUAGUUCCAGAUCCUCAUUCUAUACUCUCUGCUAGUUCACGUGAGUAUCCUCCGAAGCUUUUGGCGGUCUGAUACUCUCUUCUCAGCUCUUUUCUUAACUAUCAUUACUCUUCAGCAUUUGCUUCCUCGCAGUUGAACUUACCUCCGGAUCCGGAUCACUUCGAAUUUUUUGUCGCUGCAAAGGUCUGAUUGAAGUGCAGAUCGUGAUAGUUUGAUUGAAAGUCCAUUCUUUAAAUUGGUACUGUUUCUCUUCUUCCAUUGAUCACGAGGUUCAUAGUGGUAAUAUUAUCCGUGUGAAUAAAAUCGAAUACUGUUGAACUAGUUGUUCUGAAAUGGAACCUUCUAUUGGGUUGAGUCCAUCCACAACAGAAAACACGAUGGACUUAGACUCAGAUCUUCAAAGUUUCCAAUUGGAAUUAGCUAAAGAAGGGUCAAGAUUCGAUCAUGAUUUCCGUUCCAUGAGUCCGCUUGAAAUUCUGAGAGAAACAGUGUGGAUUCUCCGGUACAAUUCGACGGGGUUGUUAUCUAUAAUGGCCUUGUUAAUUUUUCCAGUGUCUGCCUUGCUUUUGUCGAAUGUCUUGGUGAAUCAGUCCCUUGUGAAGAAACUGACGAUAAGGAUUUUGCUGGCUCUGAGAUCCAGUGGAAUUUCACUCAGGCCUUUCAUCGAACAGCUUGUUCACAAGUUCUCGGAAAUGGUGGUAGCAACCGCAGUGUCUUUCCCUCUAUGCGCUACAUCCUUGUUGCUGUCUAAAGCUGCCAUUAUUUACUCAGUGAAUUGUACUUACUCACGUGAACAUUUUGAUGCCUUGAAGUUCUACGUGAUAAUUACCAAGAUUUGGAAGCGAAUCGUCUUCACUUAUUUAUGGGUAUGCACUGCUAUUUCUGGUUGUCUCACGUUGUUCAUUGUGAUCCUGGUUGCUAUUACCACAUUGUUUUCAAUAUCAGGAUUCCCUUCAAAUUCAAUCUUAUACCCUUCCAUUGUACUCGUGGCAAUCUUCUCAAUUAUAAUAGCCAAUUGCAUAGUUAUUUGCAACAUUGCUAUUGUUAUUUCAGUGUUGGAAGAUGCGUCAGGCCUACAAGCAUUGCUUAAGUCCAAUUCCCUCAUCAAAGGGAAAACAAGGGUUGGUGUCCUUGUGUUUUUUGGAAUGAUCAUCGGGAUGGCAUUUGUGAAGGGCUUGUUUGAGCAUAGGGUGAAAACUAUAAGCUAUGGGGAUGGAUCUUCGAGGUUAUGGGAAGGCCCGCUUUUGGUGACAAUGCACUCGUUUUUGCUGCUUUUGGAUUCUAUGAUGUUUACUGUUCUUUACUUUACCUGUAAAUCCGGUAGAAUAAUAGAAACACGUAAUGAAGAGAGUCAACCAAUAUUGGAAGCCACAAAGUAUCCAUCAACAUCAACUGAGGCUCAAUGAACUUUAUCUGUGAAUAGAAGUGAAGUGCACUGAUUAUGACUAGCAAAGCCAUUUGAAGGUUGGUAAGUGUAUGCAUCCGCUGUAUAAAAGUUUGAAUGUUUUAUUGGUUAUAUUAAUUCUUUUGAGAAUAGGCAAGUGGUGCUCGGCAAGGUUUUCUAUGGACAGAACUGCCCUCUGUAGAAAGUUUCGAUCUGUAUUCAGCAUUUGAAUAAAAUAUAUCCACUUGGGAUUGAUAUUGAGAUUAGAUUUAGUGGGAUGGUACAUGGACAAUUGUUAUCUACGUGAUCCCAUCCUUGCUGAAAAAUGUUGGAUUUAUGAGAAAAUUGUUCUUUAAAAGUUUGAAGGUCAUGCAAAUAUAACGUGUGGAAAAAGAAGGAAGAAAUCUGCACAUAUAUAAAAGUUUGUAUGGAUCCACUUUCCAGCUAGGAAGAUUGAAGGUCAUGCAAAUAUAUAAAAAUCAUGUUUUAAGUAAGCUUUAAAAGUUAAAUUUGAUAGCAUGAAUAUGACUGAAACAUUUAGCACAUUCAAGCAUUUCAGCCGAACAACCCUUACCAAUCGGGGCAGUAAAUUGACCUCUGAGUUUAAAUGCAAAAUUGUUUUAUCUCCAUUUGUGCAGAUUUCUUCUUUCUUUUUCCACAUGUUAUAUUUGCACAGUUUGUGCCCAAGAUUUUAAGUAUCUAUUUGCUGAACAAUUAUUGUUAAUAGAUGUUGUCUACUGAAACCAAUAUAAGAUGUCUUUCUGUUGUUGAAUGUGGAGCUGAUUUUAGGUUAUGAUAUUAAUAAUCAUCUUGCAAGUUGCAAUGCUUACAUUGUGCUUCUGUGUUUUUAUUAAUUUAUUUUGGUAGUUAGCUACUUUCCACCAAAGUAAUCGUCCAUCAUGCAUGCAUGUUGGAGGAAGAUGUAUGGUAUAUUGAUAAUGACGCACAUGUGGAUGAUUUGUGGUUAUCAAUGGUGUUCACUAUUAACAAAGUGGCGAAGGAGAUACUCGGAGAAUCUAAAGGAUGUCUGCCACAAAAAAAGACACGUCUUGGUGGAAUGAUGAGGUGAAACAAGCAAUAAGGAUCAAAAGGGAAUGCUAUAAGAAAUUAGGCAAAAGUUGGAGUGACGAGAACAUAGAGGAGUAAAAGAAGGCUAGAAGAAGAGCAAUGAAAGGUUUGAAGGAAGCCAUAAAAAAAGUGAACAAGAAAUUGUAUGUAAAAUUGGACUCUAAUGAAGGAGAAAAGGAUAUUUACAGACUUGCUCACCUUCGUGACCGUAGGACUCAAUAUAUCAGAAAAGUUAAGUGUGUGAAUGAUGUCGAUCAAAAGGUACUAAUGGAGGACGGGGAAAUAAAAGAGAGAUGGGGGUGAUACUUUGAUACCUUGUUCAACGGGAAUAAAGUACAAGGUAUUGAUGAUCUCACUAUACCAUAGUGUAUGGUAAAUCGGGACUUCGUGAGAAGGAUUCAAACAACAGAAGUUAAAGAAGCUAUGAAAAAUGGGGCGGAAGAAAGCAGUGGGCUCAGAUGGCAUACCGAUCGAGACUUGGAGAAGUUUGGGAGAGAAAGAUAUUGAGUGGCUAACAUGUUUCUUCAACAUGAUUUGGAGAAACAAUAAAAUGCCGGUGAGUUCGUGAAAGAGUAUUCUCAUUCCCCUAUUUAAAAAUAAGGGUGGUGUACAAGAAUGUGCCAACUAUCGAGGGAUUAAGCUUAUGAGACACACCAUGAAACUUUGGGAGCGAGUGACUGAGCAGAGACUUCGUAAAAGUGUGAAAGUUUCGGAGAAUCAAUUUGGUUUUAUGUUUGGACGCUCAACAAUUGAGGUCAUUCACCUUCUUAGACAAGUUGUGGGGAAGUAUAGACACACCAAAAAGGAUAUGUAUUUGGUGUUCAUUGACUUAGAAAAUGCAUAUGAUAGGUGUAACACCGUCCCCAAUUAUAUUUACUUUUAUGUAAAUCAUGUAUUGAACCUUAUGAACUGGUUAAUGAAUUUACGAGGUUGUAAAUUUUUGUUAUUACUUUUGCGUGAAUAGUGAAUUGCACGUGGGGUGCACAUCGGGAGCAGGACCACUAUUUAUUCCUGAGACCACAUAUGAUAUUCAUCUUGGUCUAGAUAAUAUACAUAUGGUGGUGGAAAUCUUAGUUGGGCCAUGACAAAGGCAUGGGGUUGACCGAUUGGUCAAAUGAGGCCCAAUUACCGGUAUUGGGAAUUUAACGGAUAACAGUCCGAAAUGAAUUUCGGAGACUUCUAAAAUAAAGUUGGGAAAUGUAUAUUCAUUCUAAAGGCCUAUAGUGAAACGGAUCAUGUGACAUAUUUUAUUCGGCCCGAUAAAAUAAAAUAUAAUUAAAACAGUCCGAGAAAUACAACUUUUGGUGGGCGAUUGUACAAUUCGGGACUUAUUGGGAUGACCACCCACAUGAGUGGGGGCCACCCCAUUAAUUUGUCAAACAAAGGGAGCUUGAUUUAGUGCAAAGGAGUGACUGAGCACAUUUGAAAGGAUGGGGGAGACCAUCUUGACACCCAAGGGGCCCCUCUCACACUCGUUUGACCUAUGAGACAAAAAGGAAACCCCUCCCCCCUUUCCUCAUUAUUGUACCUCGCCUAAACCACCAAAAAAGGAGGAAGAAGCUCUGUAAACUCCAUCUCCAUUGUUGCAAGUCGAGCACAAGCAAGGUUGGUCCAAGGAGGAAGUUAAAGAAGGGAAAAAGUUAGGAAAAAUGUGAAGGAUUAAGGAACUUGUAUAAGGUGUUCCUAGAGCUUUCACGGAGUUGAAAGAGUCACCGGAGUAAUCACCGGAGCUAGACAAAGUUCGCCGGAGUUCAACCGGGAAGGGUAGAACUUCUAAAAAACUCAUUCAAGGUUGAAGCCAGGACUUGCUACCUGCACCUUCUUACGGGUGAAGUCAUUCAAGGAAGAUGUGGUCUGUGCUUCCUUAUUUCAUUUCAAACUACCAAACACUUGCUCAUGGAUAUUUGAUUUACUAUAAACUAUUUUGGGCCUGUGAGCGCAUGUUUUGGCUGGUUGUGGCCCAUGCUUUACUGUUGAAUAUUUCCGCUAUUCAUUGGUUUAAAUGUAAUGUUGUUAUGUAUGUUUA